AUGGACUUCAGCGACGACGAGGCAGCGGCGGCGGAGAACCGGUUCGAGCGGUUUGUCCCGUCGUGGCUGCGUCCCCUGCUCAGCGCUAAGUUCUUCGAGCCGUGCGCCUUCCACCCGGAGCUGGUCAGGAACGAGCGCAACCACUACUGCCUCGACUGCGCCGGCGACAACGGCGCCAUCUGCUGCUCGCUCUGCAUCUCCACCCACCGCAGCCACCGCGUCGUCCAGAUCCGGCGGUCGUCGUACCACGAGGUGAUCCGGGUGGCGGAGCUGAAGGCGCUGGCGGACGUGUCACUGGUGCAGACGUACAUCAUCAACGCGGACAAGGUGAUGUUCCUCAACCCGAGGCCGCGGGCGCCGCAGCACUUCAGCAAGUGCGUCGGCGCCGCCGGCGCGUGCGAGGAGUGCGGCAGGGGCCUCGUCGACGCCGUCUUCCGCUUCUGCUCCCUCGGCUGCAAGCUUAAAUCAAUGGCGUCUGAUGCUAAUCUGACAUUCAUCCUUGACCCAAAACACAAGCGGGAAGGAUCAGAAGAAGGAGAUCUGUCCGGGCCAUCCAACCUUCAGACGACUGGAAAGAUCAGCUACCGCCGUCAUGCCCGGAAGGGCGUCCACCGCGCCCCCACACAGGCACCCUUCUUUUGA